CUCAACAACACACCGCAGAUCAGUGUAUUCCGCGCGACUACGCGUAUUUACUGUUAUUUAUUUAAUUAAUGUUAUAUAAUAGUAACUGACAAGGCACACACCCGUCCUCUACCGACAAACGGACUCUAGCAAUGCAAAACUUGCUGAAACAAACUGACCUGUGUACUCAAUAGCAAGAUAUAUUAAAGCAGAGACAGUGAGCAGACAAACAUAUAACUGGAGUGUCAGCAUCAGGCCAGGUGGUGAAGAACCAGAAGAGUGGUAAGAAGAGCGACCUGGUCCGUGCCUCAGCCAUGACAGACCCCAGCCUGACGUCCCCCUCAGAGGCCCCUCUGCGCUCCCCCCUGUCUGCACCCCUUUCCCUCUCCUUCCCCUUCUUGAGGGAGGGCAGCCGUGUGUGGGAAAGGGGAGCGCCACCCCAGCCCCGGUCACUGCCCAGCCCACUGCCCACCAAACGCAACCGCACCUAUUCAGCCACGGUGCGGGCCACCUCAGGGCCAGCGUUUAAGGGCGUGUGCAAGAGCUUCUGCAGGUCACAAGGUCAUGGCUUCAUCCGCCCCACCAAUGGCGGUGAUGACAUCUUUGUUCACAUCUCUGAUAUCGAGGGCGAGUAUGUCCCAGUAGAAGGAGAUGAGGUCACAUACAAAGUCUCCCGGAUCCCACCAAAAAACCUGAAGAUCCAGGCCGUGGAGGUGAAGAUAGUUCAUCUGAACCCAGGGACGAAGCAUGAGACCUGGUCUGGCCAGAUCAUCAGCCAGCUAGACGAGAGCUAGGCUUCAGCACUGGCCUGUUUAUCUACACUUGGCUACAGGGAGGGCUAGGGUGGGAAGUUGAGGGGUCUGGCUAGGGCAGGCAGGGACGGCCAACUGGUGCUGGUGAGUCUGUCUAAAUCAGGUGUGCUAGAGCUGGGCUGGAACAAAACCCUAGAUACACUGACUGGCUCCUCAGGACACAAGUUGGCCAUCCGUGAACUAGGAUGUGGUUAGUACAGACUGGAUUGAUAAGUCAUAAAAGCAAGGGAGGAGAAUAUGUUCAACCUGAAUGUACUGGAAAUGGGUGAAGGGACUGAGCGGAGUGGUGGAGGAAAUAGAAUGAGAAAUCCGACACCAUUUUGAAGAGAAGCAUUACUAUUGGUGUGAUAUGAAAAUGAGGUUGGAGAGAAAAUAACUGACGAAGGUUUAGAGGUACAGAAUCGGAAACGUCUGAUUGAGAGAGCAAUCGAGAAGGGAGGGAGAGAUGGGCGUAAGACAAAAUAAAAAGCUUGGAAGAAUGAUUUAUAUUUGACUGUGAAUGGAAAAGCCACUAUUAAUAUGUUCUCGAGGUACACAACCAUCUUUGUAUUUUUUGCCUUUUAUUUAUAUAUAUUUAUUUAAUCAUUUUGUUUAGAUUUUUUUGUAUCCGUUAGUUUUGAGGUUACUGGAUUUAAGUUUUGGGUAUUGUAGUCAAACGAAUGCACUUAAAAACUUGAACUUGUAUUCUGAAAUACUGCCGAACCGACUACAACUCCUAUUAGGCUUUAUCAUGUGGCAAUUGGUAGUCCUGCUUGCAAAUUGUAACUCACCAUGAUGGUAUGAGAAAAUUACUGCAUGGUCUUUGAAACUAUUUGAAACUUUUCUAUUGUCUGAGAGACACUGUAACACACUGUCAAUGGAAUUGAAAUACAUUUGAAUGUAUUUGUCUAAGUUCUGAAAUGAUCAUUUAAUUGUUACUGAGCCGUUAUUCGUAUUUGUUUCAUGUCUACCCGUUAUGUUUAGCAUUUCUCCAUAUUUAACCUAUUUCUAUGUAUUUUUCUGUACUUCAUUCUUACUGUUUUGGGUUGUUUUAUUUCAUAUUUUAGUUUUAGUUAAAAUGCUAGGUUUUUCAUUGGUCACAGUUCAGAGCAUUUUCUGUUAGACAAGCCACUGUGGCUAUAGUUUACCCUCAUUUCUAUGUGAGCCUUGAAAGAGCACUAAAAACAUUUUAUGAUUCACAA